GCCUGAAUAAAACUAGGCCACAGGACUUUAAAUACAGCUGCUGGGCUUCAUAACAACAUCUGUACAUGUGUGUCCCUCGGUAUAUUUAAAAGUAUAUAUCGUGUCCAGUAUAAUCGGCGAUUUACGGUUCAACCCAAUGGAGGUCGCAGAUUCAAGCGUGAAAUCUAGGAGAACAUUUCUGAGGGUAGCUGCUUUUGAAAAACAGUUCAAGAGGCCACCCGAACCGCCAAAACCACUAUCUCAACGGAUUGCGGCACAAUGCAGGGAUGAUUUCUCCAAGCGGAAGCUGUUAAAAACUGUGCAUGCCAAUUUUCCGUUCAUAGGAUUGAUAAAGAAAUAUAAGCUAAAGGAAAGCCUGGCAAAUGAUGUUAUAUCUGGACUUACGGUCGGCAUUAUGCAGAUUCCCCAGGGGAUGGCAUAUGCUUUGCUGGGAUCACUGCCCCCGAUCGUUGGACUGUACACGUCAUUUUUCGGCCCGCUCAUAUAUUUCUUCCUGGGAACUUCACGUCACGCUUCAAUGGGGACGAUCGCCAUUGUGAGUUUGAUGAUCGCAUCCGUCCUUGACACUAGAUUAGGGGGCGGCACAGAAACGCUCGGCCCGGAAACCACUUCCCCUGUCUUCGAUUACAACGUCUCGACCACACCCAGCUCUGCUAACUUCACGAACACUACAACCGACGCCACACCCAUCGCAACUAUGACGUCAGCCUUCUCAGAAAUGGAUUUACAGAAGAUUCGAAUGACGGCGGCCUUGUCAUUCGUUUCCGGAUUCGUCAUGAUAUUCCUGGGAAAGAUUAACAUGGGGAUGGUGGCCACCUACAUGUCUGAGCCGAUGGUGUGUGGAUUCACCUCCGCUGUAGCCAUCCACGUGACCACAAGUCAGGCUAAACACAUCCUGGGGAUCAAAGUGGGACGGCAUAACGGAGUGUUCAAGGUCAUAAAGACAUGGAUUGACAUCUUCAAAAACAUUGCCACUAUCAACUGGGCUCCUGUUGUCACCUCUAUCAUCUGUAUACUCGCCAUCUACGCCGUCAAAAUCCAUGUCAAUCUUCGUUUCAAGGCCAAACUGAAGAUCCCGAUACCCAUCGAAAUCAUCGUGGUUUCAAUAGCUACAGCGAUCUCCCAUUUUGCGAAGUUCAAGGCAAAUUAUGAAGUCAACGUUUUGGAAGACAUUCCAUCGGGGCUGCCAGCCCCGGCUAUACCGGAUGUGACGUUAGUCGGAGAGAGUUUAAAGGAUGCUGUCAUUAUUGGCAUAGUCGCAUUUAUACAGUCUGUGUCAAUGGCUAAAAUUCUGGCUCGUAAAAACAACUAUCGCAUCAACCCUAACCAGGAAAUGGUGGCGUAUGGAGCAGGAAGUGUAUUGAACGCGGUGUUUUCUGGGUAUAUCCCAGCUGCCUCUGUGGCGAGGAGUAUGGUCCAGGAAGGAGCUGGGGGACAUACCCAGGUGGCGUCCCUGUUCGGCUGCCUGGUCGUAUUAGUGGUCAUUGUGGCUAUCGGACCACUUUUCUACUCCCUUCCAAAGUGUGUACUGUCCUGUGUCAUCCUGGUCAAUCUGAGGAGUAUGUUUCUUCAGUUUCUGGAACUCAAACCUCUCUGGAAGAAAUCCAAGUAUGAUUUCAUGAUCUGGAUCGUGACCUUCCUGGCUACAGUUAUCCUGGACGCUGACAUCGGGAUUGGUAUCGGGAUUGUCUUUUCUAUCCUGACUGUAGCCAUCCGUACACAAAGACCAGAGUUUUACCGAGCUGGGCUUAUUGACGGACAAUAUAUUAAACCAGUAAAUAGAUACAACGAGGUAAAAGAGGAACAAUCCAUUAAAAUAGUCCGUUUCCAGGCUCCGCUAUAUUUCGCGAAUUCAGAGAUGUUUGUAAAGGCAGUUCGUGUUGCAUCAAACAUCGACCCGGAAGAGCUGAAGAAAGCCCGAAAACAACACCAGAAGACAAACAAUGAGAAUACCACAAAUACCUCUGUAGAAAAUGGAAUCCCAGAUUCAGAACUCGGUGAAGGCCUGGCACUCACCCAAGCGGAAAACCACCCGAAGCGCAGGGAGGCAAUACUGGUGGACAUGAGUGGCGUCCCCUUCUUGGAUAUAGUCGGUGUGAAAACAUUGAGAAGGGUAUUUAACGAGUACAACGAUGUAGACGUCGAUGUAAUGCUGGCCGGAUGUAGUGACGGUGUGUUGGAUAUCCUCCGAUCAACAGAUUUCAUGUCUGAGAAAGAAGAUUUUAUUUACGUGGAUGUUGAAUCUGCUAUAGAAAGUCGCAAUGAAAAGGCAGCUGAGAACGAAUAACCAAGAAAAAGUGACCGAUAAAUACCAAUAGGUGAACUAUAAACGCUAUCACGUGAUCAAUGAACAAAAACACGUGGUUUUGCAAUGAUAUGAUGAAAUCAUGGAAUGAUAAUAGGUGGGCAUUGGUCAGAAACUUCUGGCACGUGCAUAUGCAUGAAUACUUAAUGCUCAGUAACGUUAUCACAAAGUUGUUUAAUAACACUGUUCAUAUUCGUGAAAAUUGGUGAUGACAUCGCCAUGUAAACAGCCUAAUACCAAUCCCGACGAGUGAGGGAUGUUAUAGAUGAGUGCAAUGUUAAACAUCCAUUCUCUUUGCGAUAGUAAAACAAAUUACUAUUAAAAUGACUGCAAUACUUUCCAAA